AAACAAUCGCCUGGAAGCAGGCCGUAAAUGGAGUACGAGAGAUGUGCGAUGUCUGUUCUACCACACUGUUCAAUUACCAUUGGGUAUGCUCAACAUGUGGUUUCGUUGUAUGCAUCGACUGUUAUAAGUGUCGCAAAUAUGCCGCAAAUAAUAACGAUACUGGCACAAGAGAUCGCGAUGGUUACAUGUGGUUGCAUUGCACAAACCGAGAGCCACACGUCCAAGAAAAAUUGAUGCUGACACAAAUUAUCCCUAGUAACAGUUUGUACAAGUUGGUGAGACAGAUGCAUGGUGUUUGUGCUUUGCUGGAAAUACCGUUAAACUGCGAGUGUCCACUGAGCAAGGAGUCACUGUUUAGAAAGAUUAAAGACAGACUGGAAUUCAUCUAUCCCAUUACGAUUGAAAUGGCUAAAAAGUCCGAUGAAGGCCUGGAACCAGGCAGUGAUGUACAGGUCAAAAGCUUAAGUCCAGGAUCCUCCAGUACAACAAAGAUGAUUUCCAUUACGAUAAAAAACAUAGAAAGUAUCAAGAGUGAAGCGGGUAACGGUACAGUUUGCUGCAAGGCUAUAUUUGGCCGAGAACUAAGUGAAGAUAAAAAUCCUGUAGUAGAAAAGCUGAAACACAAAGAAAAACAAAGUUAUAGUUUCGAAGGAUUUCAAGAGGAAAUCAAAAUUGAAAGUUUGGAAGAUUUCAUUAACAAGGACGAGCAGCAGCAAAAUCAGAUUAUACAAAUUAAAGAAGAGCUGGAUAUCGAGGAGACGAAAGAAACGAAGGAGAGUUCCCCAUCGCCUGAACUAUGUGGUAUCAAAAUCGAAGACAAAGAAAACAGUGAUGUUAAACCAUGCUUAGCCGAAACAAAAAUCAUAGAUGAGGUGAAGAAAUCAACUGAAAAUGAUCCACUGGAACACGGUGUAGGAAACAAUAUUCAAGAAGAACGAAAUAUCGACGAGCAUGAGGAAAAAACGGGUUUGUCGAAGGAGUCAAACACUGAGGAGCCAGCGUACAGCGAGGAACAUCGUUUUAAAGCAUCACCAAAGUUGGACUGGAAGACGUUCAACAUGAUUGUCAAACAACUGUUAAAAUUCGACAAAUCCCUCAAUAUUUCGGGUCUUUUUGAAAAACAUCUGAGUGAGAAAUAUUCCGAUUCAGAAAGUCUCGUAGAUUUUACGGCAGAGUUUCAAGUACAACAUUCAAAUAUUAAAAGCUUCCUGCAUGACUUCUUAAGCGAGUUCGUCUUCCUGACAGGCCAGAACCAAACGGAUAACUUGACAGACGAUGUACAAAUCAUGGAAUAUAACAAAUAUAUGAAGAAGGGUAUCGAAUUUCAGAACAAAGGGGAACGGAUCAUGAGCUUGAAAGAAUCGGAAAAGUUAUACCCUAACGUGGCUCAUCAGUGGCUAUGUAAUGGAAGAUUAUUGAGACUGUUGGAUCCUUUGAACGACAACAACUACAACACGUUCCACGACCAGUGGGAGCGUGGACAACCAGUUAUGGUAUCCUAUGUAUCGAACAAGUUGGACAUGAGUCUUUGGCAUCCACAAUCUUUCAUUGAAGAUUUUGGCGAUGAAGAAAACGAUCUUAUCAAUUGUCUGAACGGCAAGUUGGUACGAGGUCAAAAGAUGAAAGUAUUUUGGGAAGGUUUCGAAAGAAUCGGUUAUCGCCUACUGGAUGAACGAGAUCGGCCAAUGAUGCUAAAAUUAAAAGAUUGGCCACCUGGGGACGAUUUCGCUGAGAUGAUGCCGACUCGAUUCAACGAUCUGAUGUCGAGUCUUCCCAUUUCGGAAUAUACUCGACGUGAGGGACGCCUGAACUUGGCGAGUCGGUUAAGUAGCUUCUUCGUACGGCCCGAUUUAGGACCGAAAAUGUAUAGUGCUUACGGGUCGGCAUUACAUCCAACGAAAGGAACUACGAAUCUUCACCUGGAUGUAUCGGAUGCUGUCAAUGUAAUGGUCUAUGUGGCCGUACCUAAGGACGUUGAUCAGAUCAAGUAUAUACAGAAAGUCCUAGAUGCAAUCGAUUCCGAUGAAUGUGACGUAUUCACUCGGCAACGAAUACGGGACAAGGCUGAUCUCCCCGGUGCUUUGUGGCAUAUAUUUCAUGCAAAAGAUGCCGAUAAAAUACGUUCUCUGCUGAACAAAAUCGAAGUUGAACGUGGUGGCAGCAUCAAACCAAAUCACGAUCCCAUUCACGACCAAAAGUGGUACCUGGACGCAAAUCUUCGUAGACGGCUGUUGGAGGAGUACAAUGUAGAAGCAUAUUCCAUCGUCCAGUGCUCUGGAGAUGCCAUAUUUAUCCCUGCCGGAGCACCGCAUCAGGUGCGGAACUUGCAUAACUGUGUUAAAGUUGCGGAAGAUUUCGUUUCUCCCGAGAACAUCGCUUAUUGCUUUAAACUAACCAACGAGUUCCGGCACCUGACCAACACACACUCGAAUCAUGAAGAUAAACUACAGAUAAAAAAUAUUAUCUACCACACCGUUAAGGAUGCCGUGUCGUGUUUGACGAAUCCUCUCAUAAUGACUAAAGAUGAAAUUGAUUUAAUGUAGAUGUGUUAGAGCGUUUAUGGAUGCAACCUCACAAAAUUCACAAGCAUCCAUCGGUUCGAAUCGUAUGCGUUUAUUUUGCUAGUUAAUUAUGAUUUAAAACGGCAGAACAGUAGGUUAUGUAUUAAUAAAUUUAUUUGCCAAUAUUUUUGUAACGUCUAUCAAAACAAAUUAUGAUUAUCCAGUAAAUUCAACCACUUAGCAUAAAGUAAAGUUGUAAUGUUUAAUUUUUUGGUCAAGUAAAUAGACGAACCAUAUUUUCUUUCAUGAAACAAUUGAAUAAUAAUGUGUUAGAACGAGUGCUGCCGCUACAAGCAUAACUGUUUCAGGGAAUUCUUACAGACUUAGAUCAUUUAUGUAUGUAACGGCAGUGUAAUCCACCUAAGAAAAUGAAUAAAAUAUAAAU